AUGGCGGCACUCCACAUCGGAGUCCACUCCCCACCGUCCCGGCGUCCCGACCACCACCGCAUCCGCAUCGCCAGUCGCCACGCGACAGCGACGCCCCGCAUCCCCGCGGCGCGGAAGCCGACGGUUGGGCCUGCCGCCUGCGCCUCUGGGCCUCUGGCUUCUGGGGGCGGCGCGGGCCCCAGACGUACGCUGAAUCCGUGCGGCGGGCUAUGGUCGCCACCUCGCGCGCCGUCGGAGGCGUCCUCGUCGGAGGUGGAGUUCGGGACGGCCCGCGAGUACGACACCACUGAUCCGUUCUUCACUGACAACUGGCUCUACGACAACCACCUGUUCCACAGCAAGCCGGAGAGCGAUGGCAGCGAAGGGGAGGACAAGUUCAUUGUUGGUUCUGACGUCAGCUUGCAGCGCAGUGAGGUGCGGGAGCUUGGCGAUGGCUGCGGUCACAAGCACGUAUAUGGAGACUGCAAUGCGGACUCUUAUGGGUGCGCAGAGGUGAAUGCUUGUUCGUCGUCACCUUGCGGUUGCUGCUAUAAUGAGAAGUUGGUGAGAGAUUCUUGCUCCGCUGUUUAUGGGAGGUAUCAGAUCAUGGACGAUAUGGAGGUGCUUCAUGAAUGUGUUGCAGAAGCGUUCCGGUUCAGGCUGAAUGUGUUUGAUGCAAGCGAUCCGUUAGUGGAUUUAAAGAAAGGAGAGGAUGACGGGUUGGAUCUUAGUGCUCUGGAGAAGGAACUUCAAAUGCUUACUCCGUACUUGGCUGAUGCAGAUGCUCUUGAGAAUACUGGGCUUGAAAAUGACUUAAUAGGAAAUGACGACCUAGAUGUUUGUAUGGUAACAAAUGAGGAAAAUGCUGAUGGCAAAGAAUUUCUAAAAGAUAGCUACUGCAUACAUCCUUUUCCUGAGAGUGCAGUCGCUUUUGAUGUUUAUGGGGUGGAAGAUUUCAAGACUGCAGAUACAGAUAUUCAAAACUCAGCUACUCACAAAUUUCAGGAAGACCCAAAAGUCGAUCCUGUACUCUCUAAGUUUCAGCAGGAGUAUGAGGUAUUUGACCUGAAAAUUUUCCACCGGAAGAACAGGACUGGCUUUGAGGAAAACAAAGAAUUCCCCAUUGUCAUGGAUUCAGUUAUAGCUGGAAGAUAUCGUGUCACUGAGUAUCUCGGUUCCGCUGCAUUCAGCAAGGUUGUACGGGCACACGACCUUCGCACUGGAGUUGAUGUAUGCCUUAAAAUAAUAAAAAAUGACAAGGAUUUCUUUGACCAGAGUUUGGAUGAGAUAAAGCUCCUCAAGUUUGUCAAUAAAUAUGAUCCAGAUGAUGACCAUCAUAUACUGCGUCUCUAUGAUUAUUUUUACUAUCAGGAGCAUCUCUUCAUUGUCACUGAAUUACUACGUGCAAAUCUUUAUGAGUUUCAGAAAUAUAACCAGGAGUCUGGUGAUGAGGUGUACUUUUCGUUGCCCAGAAUACAGGCUAUAGCUCGACAAUGCUUGGAGGCUUCGGUAUAUUUGCAUCAUCUAAACAUAGUUCAUUGUGACCUGAAACCAGAGAAUAUCCUUCUGAAGAGCUAUAGCAGAUGUGAAAUCAAGGUUAUUGAUCUUGGAAGCAGCUGCUUCUUGUCAGACAACUUAAACCUAUAUGUCCAAUCACGUUCUUACCGAUCUCCUGAGGUCAUUCUAGGUUUGCCAUAUGAUCAGAAAAUUGACAUCUGGUCUCUUGGCUGCAUCUUAGCUGAACUGUACACUGGUGAAGUGCUCUUUCCUAAUGAAUCAAUACCAAUCAUUCUUGCUCGUAUGAUUGGGACAAUUGGUCCAAUUGAUAUGGAAAUGCUUGCAUCAGGACAGGAGACCCAGAAGUACUUCACAGAUGACUAUGACCUUUUCCACAAGAAUGAGAAAGAGACCAACGGCCAGCGAAGCAUUGCAACACCGAUGGCUUUCGUUCAAAUACAGUUCAACGGCCAAUCAAACUCGUUCCUGACAACAGGAUCUGGCUUCGUGGGGUUUUUUUGGGUCACACUUGGCAUUGAAAACCCUGUUUUGCAAGUUGCCAUGUACUACGAUGUUGAUCCAACUCAUGGUAUAGCAAAUGGAAUUCAUAGAUUUACCUUUGACAUUUCUUCACGUGAACUCAGCUAUCUGGCGCAGACAUUGCCGUCUACGGACCCACCUUCGGAGGGCAACGGAGCUAUAGGCUUGCUCGGAGUGCUUGCUUGGUUGCAGCAGCAGCAGCCGAAGCGCUGCCACUGA